CAGACAUCCUUAGUUUUCUUGCUAGCAUUGAUGUCCGUAGUCAAUUUCCAGAGGUUCCAACCUCAUAUCAUGAAAAACUCAGUUCUCGAAGCCAGUAAAACUUGUCUCAAACGUUCGCAUGGUCGUACAAAGAAUGACAAUCACUAUGCUUGACUAGUGCAAUUGGCUCAACAAUCGGCAGCGAUAGCAGCGUUGCGGGAAAGGGUAAAUAGGGCGAAAGACGUCAUAGAAGCGGAGGAAUUUUAGCGACGCUGUCAGCUGAUGUCGGUUGCGUAUACAACAACGUGCAAAUAAACUUUCGAUAGUCAAAGUGAGAAUACUGAAAUUAACUAGAGGACGGAACUAGCGGGAUAUUGGCCUUCUAAGAUUCGUGUUACUACCCAAAAAGCAAUACAAGUAAAAAGUGCUACAAGAAACAGAAUACAAGUUAUAGUUAAGCUACUUAUAAUUAAGGAAGCAUUGUACUCAAGGCUAUAAGGAGGUGACGACGUAAGCAAAGAGUUGUUUAAUUCCUUCUAUCUCUCUGUGUGUGUUCGUUAUUCAUUAGCUAGGUCGACGCAAUGCUGGCUUUGUCAUGUCGCACUGUCGCUAGGCAGCUAUGGAGCUAUGGAGCGCAGAACACGGCUACCAUCGAAAUUGGAGCUCGAUACUUAUCGUUUGCGACAAAUGAACACGAACAAUUGAGAGACUCAGUUAGAAAAGUGGUAGAAAAUGAAAUUAAUCCACGCCUUGAUGAGUGGGAGGAAAAGGGUAUGUAUGAUAAAAAAUUUGUUCUGAAGAAACUAGCCAGUAUCGGUGCUUUGGGCAUUACAAAGCCCACAGAAUAUGGGGGGCUUGGACUUGACUACAGUUACAACGUGCCGUUUCUGGAGGAACUCGGCAUGUGCAGGGCUGGCGGUGUAGUUAGUGGUGUAUCAGUACACACGGAUAUGUGUACACCAGCCCUUAUACGAUUUGGUUCGGAUGAACUGAAAAAACAAUUUCUGGCUCCCUCAAUUUCGGGGGACAUGCUUGGCUGUGUGGGUGUCAGCGAACCGGAUGCAGGCAGUGACGUGACCGGUCUCAAAACAACGGCCGUAAAAAAAGGAGAUGAUAUCAUUAUUAAUGGAACGAAAAUGUGGAUCACGAACGGAGCGCAGGCUGAUUGGAUGUGCAUGUUGGCUAACACACGCGAGGGAGCGCCGCACAAAAAUAAAUCGCUCAUUUGCGUUCCUAUGAACCUAGAGGGCAUCACUGUUGCUAAAAAUAUAAAAAAAAUUGGCCAUUGGAGUUCGGAUACAGCUCAAAUCUUCUUUGAGGACGUUCGCGUCCCAGCAUCUAAUAUUAUCGGUGAGGAAGGCAAAGGUUUUCUCUAUCAAAUGAUGCAGUUUCAAGAUGAGCGACUUGCGGCAGCUCUCCUUGUGCCAAGUUCUAUGGAUUUGGUCCUUGAAGAAACGAUCGAGUACCUCCGGAAUCGAAAGGCAUUUAAAGGCACCUUACUUGAUAAACAGCACAUCCAGUUCGUUCUGGCUGAACUUAAAACUGAAAUCGAAGCAGUCCGCUCUAUUUGCUAUCGAGCAGUAGAAAAAAUGGUCGAAGGCGAAGACACGACGCUACUUGCCUCAAUGGCCAAACUUAAAGCCGCUCGGACAGCACGAGCCGUCACAGAUGCGUGCCUCCAGUUCCAUGGAGGAAUGGGUUACACUCACGAAAUGUCUAUUUCACGUGCAUGGAGAGACUCACGUUUGCUAUCAAUUGCUGGAGGAGCUGACGAAAUUAUGCUCUACAUUAUCACCAAAUUCAUGGGUACAUGCAAGGACUAAUAUUUUCUAUAGACAGCAUUAGCUAAAGUAUUGAGUCGCAACCUUCGACAUACGACGACGAUAUUAUUUACUAAACGCAUACUGUGAUAAUAUUCUGCACUUGAUAGACACUUCCCAUAGAAGCACACAAUAGUAAUGCAAUCGUGUAUUGCUUUGAAUUAAAAAUCAUAUAUCGGUGCUGCUGUGUAUUUGCAGUGUGUAUUUUUGCCGACCGCAGUCAAUAACGUUUAGGUAAAAAAAGAGAAAGCAUCGAGGUGCUAAAAUUUACCACUGUUAGUGAAGACGCUUUAAUCGUCGGUGAAAUUAACAGCUAUAUAGAAUAUAGAUGUGCUCUGAAUAGGAAAAAUCCACUAUUUACACUUACUUCGUCAGCAAUCAAAUCUGUUUGCUAAAACAUAGUAAAUAUUUGAAGAACACAACCUUUUUAUGAAAGCCAGCGUGAAUGAUAUAUAUAUAUAUAUAUAUA